AAACGAGGCGUGCCACACGGUGGCCGUUGCGCGCUUCCGCGUCACUUCCUUGUUCUUCAGUGGAAGGCGAAAACUUUUCACGGGUCCGAGACGUCCGGGGUAGCCACUUUGUUUUCGGUUAAGCCAGCGUUAAAUGUUGUAACCAAACAUCUAAUUCCUCCUUCAUUGCUCCGAGCUCGCUCCGAGCCGACACAGAGUUAGAAGUUAUGGCUGACAGCCGAGAAGAAGAGGACCGACAAGGAGACCAGGAGCCUCAGGGAGCCGUGGGUGGGGAAGAUGUUAUUGAUGAUCCCAUCCUGGAGCAAGGAGCAGUGGUCCUCAGAGGGUAUGUGACUCAACGCAUAAACGCAGAGGAGCCUGGUCGACACGUGUCCGCUGAGCAUCUGGGAGGAAGGCCAAAUGAACAACAGGAUCCACAAAUCAAAGAAGUGGUGAAACAGUUAAUCAAGAUUGCAGAUGACAUUAACAGGAACGUUGAACUCCAACAACUGAUCAACCAGGUUCCGAGCAACUGUGCUCAGGACAUCUUCAUGAAGGUGGCCAGGAGCAUCUUUACUGAUGGCAUCAACUGGGGUCGAGUGGUGGCUCUCUUCCAUCUGGCCUACAGACUCAUACACAAGGCACUGACCACCAACCAUCUAGAGAACAUCAGAACAAUCAUCAGCUGGGUUCUCCAGUUCAUCAGAGAGAACAUCUACCCCUGGCUCGUACAGCAGGGAGGCUGGGCGGGUGUGAUCAGUGGUGUUUCUCGGUGGAGGACAGCAGCCAUAGUAGCAUCAGUAGCAUUGGUAGUAGCUAUUGUUUACUACAGAAAGACACGCUGAGAGCACCGGACCUUACCACUGCACAACCAGGGCUGCAGUCCCGUCUACUGGAUAAACGCAGCUCAUUGAUAAAGACUAAAGAGUUUUUGGACAUUAAUUACAACCACUCCUCAACCACAAUCUCUUCAACCAGAGGAGGUCAAGUACUGUACUCGGAGGGGGAAACCUCUUCUCUUCUCAGGAUUCCAAGAACAAAAAAGUGCCUUUACAACCAGCGGUCUACUGGGAUCUCCAUCAUCCUUCACCAGCAACUGUAAGGAAGUACAAGAGCUGCUGCAGCACACCUUCUAGCAGCCACAUUGGAGCUCUGGGUGGGGUUCGGCGUAAAAAUUUCUCUGGGUCUUUGGUCUAAGCAAAAUUUGAACUAGACCUGAGAAGACAUAAAUAUACCUGAAAAAUAGUUUGAUGACAACAGCCCUUUUUAGAUCAGAUACAAAUUGUCAGUCUUCGGAAGACCUCAAAUGAGCUGUCUCAACAGAAUCCAAACGACUUGUAAAGUGGAAAAGCACACUGGUAAAAGAAGUAUAAUAAUUCCCAUUUUAAAGUUUUCUUGUUAUACUAUCCCUCACAUGAAACCACAUGAAUGUCCCGCCUAAUGUAAAGAUACCAUAGGUUUAUAUUGUGGCCAUCAGCUGUAAUUAUAUCAGCUUUGUUUUUAAGAAACCACGUUUUUCCAUCGGUUAGUAGAUGAACCUCAGUCACUGUGGCUGUGAAAAGAAAGCCAAAAGGCACAAAUCAGAGAUGUGGUGAAUUCAGAGCGCUUCAUUGUUGCAGCAGACCUUUUUAACAGCACACUCUUUGGCAUGUCAUAGCACAAAAAGCACUGGUGCCACAUUAACAAUGGCUGCACACCAUUUGCUCAUUCCAGGGCCCUUGCAUCAUUUAAUUACAUUGUUAAUGAAAUGAUUUGCACAAAAAAAGCUCCAUUGCCAACAAAACACAGCAUCUGAGUAGCCUGAAUCUGAGAGUGAAAUAAUUUUAACUGCUUAUGGUAUUAUCAGAUUUUUUUUUACAAAACGUAAUCUUAAAUUCAAGCUCAGUUAUUGGGCGUUUCUUACUGAAAUAUUUCUUCAGGGUUGUUGUCGACUUGCAUCCUUCAGUUGUUAUCAUAUAAAUAUAAUAAGCAGAAAGACCAUCGACCUAUUUGCUGUGGUAAUUUGACUAGUUCAAAAGAAAAUGGCGAUUGUUGUUAGUAGCCAUGCUGACAACACACGUCAGUUGUUAAGGCCAUGUGUUCACCACAGCGUUUUUUCCAAGCCGAAAAUGCCAGGCACUCUUAAGGAAAUGCCCAGCUGGGAGUGUUUGGGAGCGCAGUUGCGUCUGGGUGCUAUGAUACAAAAUAACCGCAGAAGUAAACACGUCGGCACAAGGUGGAGAACUUGCUCUGGAUGAGGGGAAAGGUGAAGCCCACCAGGACCCACCAGCCUGUGUGGGUUCAUGAGAGGAAACAUUUAUUAAUAUCUAUUCAGCAUAUUAACAUAUUCCUCCUCCAUUGUUGUUGUUCGGUUUGUCUUCGUGGUAUUUGUCUCUCCUUCACUGUGAUGGAACAGCUGGGUAAAAAGUGACAGUGACGAGCGCAGCGUUUUACCUUAAGUUACCUAAAUUUUUCAACAUUCAGCGCUCAGUGCCUCAGCAUGCUUCUGGCGUUUGUAAGGUAGCAUAAGUACGAUGCGCCCCCAUUGCAAAGAAUUAAAAAAAUUCACUGUGCUCAGAAAAAAAACGCUUUGGUGGACAUGGCCCCCAACUCACUAUUAAACACCCUUCGUUCAAACUCAAGAGAAACUAAACGCAACUCACCCAAACUGAUUUUGUUAGCAGUCUUUCCACUGUUUCAACAAUCACCAACUCAGGUUUGGUAAAAAUAAAAUGUUUAUUUACCAAGUUAGAUAUGAAAAUUUGCAGAUCAGCACACUGUUUAUCUCCGCUGUCUCUCUCUGCCUCUCAGCUGUCAAUUCAGCAGCUGCCGACUGAGCAGCGCCUCUCACUCAGUCUUCAGAGGCAACCAAAGUAAAUCAUGUUUCAACAAACAUGAGCAACAAAAUUUUAAAAAAGGGAAAUACAAUAUUAUUUUAAAGGUAACAGAUUGCUUAUUUGAAAACGUACUCCACUGCUCAUUACUGCAAAACCUCACCUCAGUGAGUUCACGACUUGCCGCAUGUUGGUUUGGUUUUACAGAAGUUAGCCUGCUACAAUGGUUGAGAAGGCGACAGUACACAUAAUAAUGGCCGCCACUCCGUCUUUCCAGCUAUGUUGAUUUGAAUGGAAAUGUCAACUCUGUUUUUAUUUGCCUUUGACUAUCUAUAAAAAAUAGAUAUUUUCUAUCAGGGUUUCUAACUUUUCUACUGAUACUUGAAUGAGAGAGUUUCAUGUCCAUCAUUCAACCAUCUAAUGUUGUUUAAGCAGAAAAUAAAUGGGACUUCCAGAAGCCAUGGCACUGGGAAUAAGUUCUCCCACCACACAACUCCUACAACUAGUGUGGUGAAGUUCUUUUAGAGGGUGAGAUACUUUAUUGCUGGUGUUGAUUAUGUGUUUACAUUCAAUCUAGUAGCUAAUGAACUGUGAUCAGCUGACCAUCACUGUGCUGUGAACACACCUCAGUUGCACACUGGCUGUGAAAAACACUGAUGGAGCAUUUACAGCUGAGGUCGUGUAAUUCUCUGUACCAGCGGUUAGAAAGCUCAUUUCUGCUGCUUCUGUCUCUCUGUAAUCGUCUUCCUGUUGUGUGUGAAUGUGGUUGGUUAAAACGUGUGACAAACAUUGGGUUGGGCGGAUUUUUAUACACCUUCCUGCUUUUAGGUAUACAGUAUAUGACGGUAUGGCUGUUUACAGUCCUGUAACGUUAUUCCAUGAAUGUAUUGAGAGACCUGGAUACAACAUUGGCAGUAGGACCCGGUUCAUCCCUGUGAAAGUUGCUCAGUGGUGCGUGAAGCCAAAAAAGCUGUAUAACUGCUGUAUGAAAUUACCCGGCUGAUUAGCACCUCUUCCGCAUCAUUGGGCCCUAGGAGCAAGCACACUAGAGACUUCCACUGGCCAAGCUGGCUACUUCUGGUUUAGUGCUUUGCUAACUUCAAUGGGGAUGAAAAAUAAUUUAUUCUUGAGGCUCUUUUAGACUUUCCAAAGGUUAUCGGACCAAUCAGAUUAAAUCCUGAUAGUCAAAAGAGUAGUUUCGUGGGGGUUUUCACACUCAAGAAAUGUAUCUUCUCUAUCUUAUAGUCUCUUUCCCAAUCAAAGUCUAUGGGGAAAAGUCGUCUUACGCCCAAUGGCAUCACGUGACGGGAUGCUUAAUGUUAUUCCACUGUUUGGCCACUUCUAAAAUUGGCCUCAAAGCCCAGCGCACUUCCUUUGGGCUUGCGUUAUCCCCACCACUUGCAGUCAGCUGCCUGUUCCACCGAAAGAGACUGACCUCUAGUGGCGCAUGCCGUGCACUACAUACAAUACAUCCUCAAUGCAGCAUCUCCAUAUCAGUUUAUUUAAGGAGUGUCUGUAUUUUUGACGGUAUUGGAAAACAUAACAUCAGGAUUUCUGAAUACCCUGGUAUACUAAAAUACUGUGACACUGCCAAAGCACUGCAUGAUAGAUAGUCAUUGUUAGCCUUGGAUGCAGGUUUAGGACCCACUGUCAAAUCAGUCUGACCACCAAAACAGGAAGAUGCUAUUUACAGCACCAAGUACAGACGACUAAGAGAGGCAAAGGCAGCAGAACAAAUGUUCAAACUUUAACCUGCUAAUGGCAAACUGAGCAACAACCUACAGCAGCUGCUGGUCAGAAUGUUGUUCUGUCACCAAGUUGCACAAGAGACGGAAGUAGAGACUUUUUUCUAUCUUUCUUUUCCAUUUGGUGAUGUUUAAGGAACAGUCAUAAAAUGCUUAAGUGGACGACAGUUGACUUCUCAGAUUGAGAUAGUUAACUAUCUGCAUGUAAAGACAUGAAGCUCAUUGUAAGAGUUGCUUUUACUUGGAAUAUGACAGGAGACCCAACUUCACGGUCUGAUUAUCAUUUUCCAGCCUGGUUGCUUGUUGCAGUAUUUCAAAUUUAUCGUCACACACUUCUCCAACGGAUUUUUAUAAUGAACAGAUGUGGGUAGUUUUUUAAACCUGUAAAACCUCUGUGACUGUAAGACAAAAAGAACUAUGCCUUUUAGUUUCGAAACUUAAUAACCUUUAUUUAGAGUCUUAACGUAUGAGGAGCAGGACCAGUUUCUAAGUACAUGAAAUCUUUCUUCACAGUUCUGUAGUUAAUAGAUAAAGAAAUAAUUAUUUAAAGUAAUGCUUUGUGCUUACUGCAGUUUAUAAGGGUCAGAUGAUUUUAUGGAUGAUUUCUAGGGGAACAGUCAGUGGCUUGUAGCAGACCUCGGUGCUGUUACCUAGUGCCACAUUUGCUUUUGUCAGGUAUUUUUGCUUCCAAAUUGAUCGUGUACUUUUGAGAGGGAUAUCACACUAUUUAUCUGCUGUUCUGUGGUGUGUGUGGUUUUUUUUUAAUGUAAUGAUUAUUUUAUUGUUAGAUUAACAAUCUCAUUGGACUUCAUUUCUGUGAAUAAAUUAAAAACAUGUUAUAACA